AUGUCCAUGCUGGGAAUCGAGAGGGGGUUGAGGUUGAAGCGCGUGAGAGCAUUUGAGCUUCUUGCAGGAUGCUUGGAAGCCACAGGGAAUCAAAAUGCGAUUCCGAACAAUUCUCGUUGCUUCUGGGCUCCAACGAUUGAAGAGAGUGUUGCGUGUUGGUGCAGAUCUUGCGAUUUUCAGAGUGCGAUCGACAUUUGUUCCGAUGCGAGUCUCUAUCAAGAGUGCAAUGCUUGCCAGAUGGGGCGCACUCACGAAGACUGGUUGUCAUCGAGGUGUCAGAUUGGUGUAUCAUUGACUGUCCGAAAGAACAUGCUCAAAGGCCGCACUGGUGUGACGGAAGAGCGAUGGCAUGCGGAUGUUCGUGAAAGGGCCUUGUAUCAAUUCGCCAUUGCCGCAUCUCAGCGAAUUGACCCGUCGGAAGAUGUUUCCAAGUCGUUCAUGAGAGAUUCCCAGAUUGCAAGAGAGGAUUCAGAGACGCUGAAUGUUGAAAGUCAUCGUGCAAAUGACUCUCUUUUUCCUUUUCAAUACUUCUCCAGUUCUGGCCUGCAAUUGUUUCCCAAUACCGUGGUACUUUACUUCACAAUCGCUUGUUCCGUAGUUUAUAUUUUCACGCUCUUGGCUAUGCGGGUGUAUGCACGCAGAGUAGCAAGCCUCAAAGUUAAGAAGCUAACAAAGGCAACAGAACUCUCAGCUGAUCCAAAGCCCAAGGAAGAAACAGGUCAAGAAGAUGAAGCAUCUGAAGAGAAGGAUCAGGAGAAGGAAGUAAGUGAUGAACAGUCCAGCCCACGGUCAGCAUCAUCGACAGAUCAGAAGGAAACUACUCCUGUCUCAACAGACUCGGACGACACACAGAUUGUGAAUGCUGAGAAAGUCAUCGACGAGGCGAAGGGCGACAAGGAGAACAAUGAAAGUAACGGAAGAAACCGUCACGUAAGCCGCGCAGAGCACCCAAGGAUCACACCAAACAGAUCAGACAAGCUUCUCCGAAAGAGCCUCUCGCCAGCUAACAAACCCGAUACGGUUUUAGGGGCCGAUUGGCUCAUUUCCAACAUGAACAAUGACAGAAGCUCGAGCCCUCGCAGUGUCAACUCAUCGCCCAUAGAUAGACAGAAGAGCCCAGUAGAAUCAGAACUCAAGGCCCGCAAGUCCGACGACGCAUCGAAAGAAGCUUUGGCUAAGGAGAACGAGAAGCUCAGGCUGCAGAUCGAGGCGAUGACCAAGAAUGAGAAAGCCAAGAUGUCCUUAUCGAGAACCCCAUAUCAUGCUGACAUGAAUCCGCUUCAUGCAAAGGCUCCUUCUCACAGUACUUAUUCUUCCUCCUCUCCGACAAAAGGAAGCAAUCUCUUUGCCUGGACUCCGAAGAAGACUUCCAAGCUGAAAGUCGCCGAUCCUAUCAAGGCGAACGGUCAAGAAGUCCAAACUCCGAGAAAGGCCAGGAACAAUCAGAAACCCAAAGUCAACGGGAACCAAUCCUCGGGCAGAUAUUGGUCCCAGAAGUGCCAAAAGCUCAGCAUGCAUCUGGCUGUGGGCACACCACACCCUGCUUCUCCCUUACCACCGCCACCGCCACCGCCGCCUCCUCAAGGGUUGUCGGGGGAGGCCUCCAAGGUAUCGCCUGCUGGACGCGCCGCAACGUCGAGCUCGUCAGGCAUCGCCAAGUCAUGGGAGGUGAUCAAGAAGUACCAAGACCUGACCCGCAACAUCGAACGAGUUGACAAACCCUUGCAAAAGGUGGUCAGGAAGAAAGUGUCCUCGUCUCAGUCGGAGGCGAAUACAGAAGAAGGCAACAAGGAGAACGAGUCCUCCUCAGGCUCUGCAGACGUUGGCAACGCACAGAAGGGAGUGAAGGAGGAGCUGGAAGGCAGAAGCUCUUACAUGAAGCAAGUUAUGAGCGACAGGAGCAUCUUCGAGCCUAUGAUCUUGGACCUCAUCCCUCAGAUCCAAUCCUUUGCUCCUCAAGACCUUACCCAGGUCGAAAUCUUCGUUGCGGAGGUCGAUCGCCGGCUCGCUCUCCUCUCUGAUGAGAGGAUGGUGCUCAAGGGCUUCGCUGCUUGGCCGGAGAAGAAGCUGGAAGUUCUCCGGGAGGUGACAGGGAGGAAGCAGGAGCUGGAGCGUUUGGUCGCCUCUAUGGACCCCGAGGACGACAGGUGGAUAGCAAAGUCUGCGAUCCACGAGGAGCUCCAGCAGGCCGUUGACAAAUUCGAGUCUGUCAAACCGACGGUCGAGUGGUACAUCCGAUCUGAGGAGGAGAUCAUGCGGAACUACAAGACACACAGUAUUCCGUUCGACUUCAAGCUUGUCAAGAAUGUUCAAAUCGCAACGGUUGGCCUUGCCAAGUAUGCCAUGCAGAUGUCGCUCACGGCCUUCGGGAGGCAGAGCAGAGCAGAGCAAAUGAUUCUGAGCACAGAUCUUGUAAACCAGGGAGCGUCCAAGCAAAUUCUAGUGGCGCUGCAAGGAGACGCAGUUCAGAAUCUGCUCAACUCCGCCUUGAAGUUUUCUUUCCGCGUGCAUCAGUUCGCUGGAGGUUUCGACGCGGAAGCCACUGGGUCUGAAAUAUCUCCUAACUCUCCUAUCCACAUCCUCCCUCCUUGCCCUCCUACAUAG